UUGUACCUGCAGCUUCCUCAUCGGAGCCGAGACCAAUGAAAGUGUAAUCCAGCAGGUAGACAAAGCUCUGGAGGGCCAGCAGGAGUACCAGGGAGAAGUCUGCUUCUAUAGGAAAAAUGGAUGGUUAUUUUUAAGGGAAGCAACUCCAGAACACAUAGAAGGGAGUGAGGUGAGGUGAAAUGAGAUGAGGAAGAGGUAAUCCAUUUUGGUGCCUCCUGGAUAUUGUGCCAAUUAAAAAUGAGAAAGGUGAGGUGGUGCUGUUCCUCUUAUCCUUCAAAGAUGUCAGUGAAUCAUACGGGAAAACCCAUCACCUCAGCCAAGGAGACGGUAUGUCAGAGGCUGCUCACCAGAGCAGGAAAAGCAAUCGAUCACACUUUUCCCAAGCUCGAGAGAGGGGGAGGACUAUUCUGCACCAAAUGACCAACCUGUUCACCAAGAGGGGCAAAAGGAAACUGACCAAUAGUGUGUUUCAGAAACCGUCUCUACCUGAGUACAAGGUGGCAGCUGUGAAGAAGUCACGCUUCAUUCUGCUGCACUACAGCAUCUCCAAGGCCUUGUGGGACUGGCUUAUUCUACUGGCGACCUUCUACGUUGCUGUCGCUGUGCCUUAUGACAUAUGCUUCGUCAGUCAUGACGAGGGCAGUGACCAUCACUCACUUGUCAGUAGCAGCACCAUGGGCAGUGACAUAGCAGUGGAGAUUCUCUUCAUUCUUGAUAUUAUCCUGAAUUUCCAUACCACAUAUGUAAGUCAGUCGGGUCAGGUGGUGUACGACGCCCGAUCCAUCUACCUCCAUUACUGCACCACUUGGUUCUUUGUGGAUUUGAUUGCAGCUUUGCCCUUUGACCUACUCUAUGCUUUCAACAUCACAGUGACCUCGCUGGUGCACUUGUUGAAGACGGUUCGUCUGCUGCGCCUGCUGCGCCUGUUACAGAAACUGGAUCGCUACUCCCAGUACAGCGCUGUGGUCCUGACCCUGCUUAUGUCUGUAUUUGCUCUGCUGGCUCACUGGAUGGCUUGUGUCUGGUACGUCAUCGGACGUAAGGAGAUAGAAAGUGGUGACCCAAUUACCUGGGACAUAGGCUGGCUUCAAGAGUUGGGAAAGCGUCUGGAGACACCGUACAUCAACAGUACAAUGGGUGGUCCCUCCAUGCCCAGUGCCUAUAUCGCCUCUCUCUACUUCACCCUCAGUAGCCUUACCAGUGUCGGUUUUGGCAACGUGUCAGCCAAUACAGAUGCCGAGAAAAUCUUCUCCAUUUGUAUUAUGCUCAUGGGAGCCCUGAUGCACGCAGUGGUCUUCGGAAACGUAACAGCCAUCAUCCAGCGCAUGUACUCACGACGCUCUCUCUACCACACCCGCAUGAAGGAUCUCAAGGACUUCAUCCGUGUGCAUCGGCUACCUCAACAGCUGAAGCAGAGGAUGCUGGAGUAUUUUCAGGCCACCUGGUCAGUCAACAAUGGCAUCAACGCCAAUGAGCUGCUGCAUGACUUCCCGGACGAACUGCGAGCUGACAUUGCCAUGCAUCUGAACAAAGACAUCCUGCAGCUGCCUGUAUUUGAGCGAGCCAGCAGAGGGUGUCUGCGCUCCCUCUCCUUGCACAUCAAGACCUCCUUCUGUGCACCUGGAGAAUACCUUAUACGCCAUGGAGAUGCUCUACAAGCCAACUAUUUUGUCUGCUCGGGUUCGCUGGAAGUUUUGAAAGAUGGCAUGGUCCUGGCCAUCCUGGGCAAAGGUGACCUUAUUGGGGCUGACCUCCCAGAACAUGACAAGGUGAUCAAGACCAAUGCAGACGUGAAGGCGCUGACUUACUGUGACUUGCAGUACAUCAGUGUUAAAGCUUUGAGGGAGGUCCUUGGGCUGUACCCAGAGUAUGGCAGUCGGUUCAGCUCUGACAUCCACCACAACCUCACCUACAACUUGAGAGAGGGCAGUGAAGCUGACGGAGUAACAAGAUUUCCCCGGUCUUCCAAACUGUCUCAGGGUCAUGCUUCUCUGGACCAUAAACUACCCUAUGUUGUUGAGGCAGAUGAUACGGAACAUGGAGAAGACAUGAGACACUCCCAGAAGAGGAGAGUGCCUUUGUUUGAUGGAAUAGCCAGUCCUGUUCAUCAGCCCUGCCUCAGCACCCUAUUAGGAGAGGAGCUCCGCCACAUUAAUGCACUUCAUCUCUGUCGGUCACCUGUUCAGGGCGGCAGAGGCCGCAGCCCCUCUCCGCAGCCAUUCAUUAAUGAGGAGUUUUCUCCAUCUCUGUUGCCCAGUCUUAGCAGUUACCCAGGCCUGAACCAUCGGCCUGCUGAGCUACUCAUGCCAUCCUUUCCUUGUGUUAGUCCACUGAACCUUAGCCCUAGGAUCGUGGAUGGAAUUGAGGACAACGGCCACUCAUUUCAAUUUAAUGUAGAACAGAGCGAGACAAAGACUCUUCUAACAGACCGGUUCCAGGUGAAUGCUAACCUGCUUCUGGAGACAAAGGAAGUGAGACAGAACAUCAGCAAACUGAACAAAGAGGUGAACAACUUGAACCAAGAAGUAUCCAACCUGGCCAAGGAGCUCCACGACAUGAUGCAUUUCUUACAGUCUAAUAUGGCCAUGCUCCAUAACUCCCCAGUCUCAUCAUAUUCCUAUGGCAUACAGAUGGCUCCUGGUCCUGGUGUGACUGCUUCCAGCAACUGGCAGUCCCAUGUCCCUUUAAAUAUUGCCACCGGCCUGCACCUCCAUCAUGAAGCAAUUAGCCACCCUGCAAGAAAUAUGUGGGGCUGCAGUGGGAUGUCCUCCCAAGGUAGAAGUCCCACCCUACUGCACUCUUCAAGUCCUAUGUCAUCCUGUUUACACCUGUGCUGCUCUGACAGAGAAGGGGUCACAGCCCACAGGUUAACGAGCCAGUGUGAUCCCUACCAAACCACCAGAAAAUCUCCAAACUCUCCCUACAUGGCCCAGGGUGGUCCAUCCCUCCUGGGCAUCAGUUCUGCCUUCAGUAGCUUCCCAGUGAUUAGUCAGUCCCCACAGGUGGCUUAUAAUGCUUCUAUUCCCAUGAUGAGCAGCUCUCACCCUGUAUGUUCCCCAGUGAAUUCUGGCUGCUCCCAUGUGUCUCCUAGUGUUCAAACCAACUCUGAUCCCACACAUAAUCAGACCAACUCUCAGACACCCAUCCAUUCCUCCAUCACUCACACUGGCCAACCUCAGUAUCACAAAACCUUCAGCUCUCUAACCCAUUUAGGAGCCCACACUUCAGUAUGCACAGGGCACAACCAGGGCCAGCAGGGCUCUACGAUUGGCCCUAGGCAAAAUGACCCAGUAGGAUCCAGCCCUGCACACCAUGUUGCAUGUUCUCAUAUGGGGCAGGUAACAGACAGAGACUGUAAAGCUUCACCGUAUCAAGAGAAAACAGACAAUAUUGAAUAUCAGGGGACGAGCCGCAGUACUCCAACCGUAGAGGUUCAACCACCUCUUUUGGACAUGGAGGGAAUGCACACCCCACACUGAUGAUCUCAGUAUUGUGUUGUGUCCGAUAAGGAUGACUUUAUGUACCUUUGAAGACUUUUGGUGUAAAGUUUCCAUCAAACAACAACUGCUGAAACCCUACCUUUUAUCCAAAGCAACUUACAAUUGCUAAGUACUGUAUGCCAGAGGUUACACGCCUCUGGAGCAACUAGGGGUUAAGUGUCUUGAUAAGGGACACACAGAUGUGUCACAAUGGGGAACUGAACCCUGGUCUCUCACACCAAAGGAA